AUGGAGCCCGGGCAACCCUACCAGAGGGAUGAGGCUCUGCUUGAGGAGUUGGGCUACAAGACCGGCCAGAAGGUGGAGAGAGAAACCUUCAUGAGCCGCUUGACGGUGCAUCAGCAGCGUCACAUGUGUGAUCUGUGGAAAGAGCUGCGCACAAGAUGCUAUGAUCAUUGGAUGGACGAGGUUGAGAAUGAUAAGCUGAUGCAUUCCCAUGGUGUGCUGAAGGAGGUGGUAAGUCGCUGCUGCCGCGAUUUUCGAGAAAAGUCCAACCACGUGAAAGAUGCAGCAAUGUGUCAUCACGAAGUGGUGAUGCUAUAUCGCCACUGCAAGGAUCAAAGGGCUUCACCACCCGGAAGGACCAAGAGCGAGCUGCCUGUGAGACCUGAGUAG